CCUAUCAAUUGGUUAUCUAGAAUAAGUCUCCAUUAAAAGAAGGCUAUCUUGUGUAUUCUUUUAAAAUAUUCUCGCCCAGCCAAAGAGAACUUUUAUGUUCAUUAAAAGAAUCUGUUGUAGCACUGUUACAUUAAGCCGAGUCUUUGUCAUCUGAUAGCAUAAUAAUUUUUUUCUUUUUUUUUUCCUAUUAUUAAACUAAUUGGUAUUUGACAUACUCUUGUAGUUUAUAUUUUUUAAAAAAAUGGAAACAAAAAGCGUAAAUUCCUUCCGAAAUGAGAAGGAAGAAAUUGUAGACGGCUCAAAAAAAGAAGCUCUCUAUAAUGAUAAUGAAGCCUAUGUCGAAAAUAAGCCUGAAAUAGAUGAGGAAGAAGAUUCCCCUAUUGAAGAAGUUCGUUCUGUUGUGCCAAACACCGAUGACCCUACCUUGCCAGUAUACACCUUCCGUAUGUGGUUCCUUGGUAUUGUCUUCAGUUGUGCUCUUGCCUUUAUCAAUCAAUUUUUCUGGUACAGACGUAACGCAAUGACUUUAACUCCUCUUGUGGUCCAACUUGUUUCAUUCCCUAUUGGUAAAUUCAUGGAAAAAGUGAUUCCCAAAUCCCGUUUUUUCAAUCCUGGACCUUUCAAUAUGAAGGAGCACGUUUUAAUUACUGCUAUGGCCAAUUGUUGUUAUUCCACUGCCUACGCUAUCGAUAUUAUCACUAUUCAAAACUUGUGGUAUAACCAAGAUAUGGGAUGGGGUGGCGGUCUCCUCCUUAUCUGGACUACUCAAUUGAUUGGUUUUGGUAUGGCUGGUGUUCUCCGUCCUUACCUUGUCUAUCCUUCCUCCAUGAUCUGGCCUACCAACUUGGCCAAUAUCUCUCUUUUCCGUUCUUUCCAUGUACCCGAUAGAGAUUGGACUGGCAUGAGUCGUUACAAAUACUUUAUGAUUUGUUUCGUUGGUAUGUUUAUCUACUAUUGGAUUCCCGGUUAUUUCUUCCAGAUCUUGACCUUCUUCUCUUGGGCCUGUUGGCUUAAGCCUAGUAACCGUAUCUUGUCUCAAUUGACAAGUGGUUACAACGGUCUUGGUAUGUUUGCAGUCACCUUUGAUUGGUCUACCAUCGUAUCUUUCUUGGGUUCUCCUUUUAUUGUUCCUUGGUGGGCUAUUGCUAAUGUUGCUGUUGGUGUUGGUAUUGUUUCUUGGAUUAUUGUUCCUGCACUUUACUAUUCUGAUACCUGGAAGAGUAAGACUUUCCCUAUCGUUACAUCUGAACUUUUCACAAAGGACGGUGAAGUUUGGGAUAAUAGCAUUGUUUUAAACGCCGACAACACGUUGAACGAGGAAGCCUAUGCUGAAUACGGUCCUCUCUAUAUGACCAGUUUGUUUGCCUUCACAUAUGGUGUGUUGUUUGCUGGUGUUACUAGUAUUAUCAGUCAUACCUUCUUAUUCCAUCGUCAUGAAAUUAUGGAACGUUUCAGAACCUCUCGUCAUACCAACUACGAUAUCCAUCACAAGUUAAUGCGUGCCUAUCCUGAAGUUCCUACCUGGUGGUAUAUUUCCAUCUUUGUUGUAUCUUUCGGUGCCUCCUUCGGUGUUAUUUAUGGUUGGGAUGAGAUUAAGCUCCCUUGGUGGGGUCUUAUCUUGGCUAUUGUUAUUCCUAUCCUCUUUGUUUUGCCCGUCGGUAUUAUCCAAGCCGUAACAAAUCAACAACCUGGUUUGAACAUUAUUACUGAAUUGAUCAUUGGUUAUGCUUUACCUGGUCACCCCAUUGCCAACGUUACUUUCAAGACCUACGGUUAUAUCUCGAUGGUACAAUGUCUUACCUUUGUGAGUGAUUUGAAAUUGGGUCACUAUACCAAAGUCCCACCCAAGGCUAUGUUCUGGACCCAAACGGUCGGUACUGUUAUUGCCGGUAUUAUCAAUUUGGCCACAGCCAGAUGGUUAAUGGGAUCCAUUGAGAACAUGUGUACACCCGCUGGUUAUCCUUUUACCUGCCCCAGUGCUAACACCUUCUACUCUGCCUCUAUUAUUUGGGGUACGAUUGGACCUGGUAAAAUGUUUGGUGGUGUCUCUCCUUAUGCUUCCAUGAACUGGUUCUUCUUGAUUGGUUUUGUUGCACCUAUUCCCUUCUAUUUGCUCUCAAAGAAGUACCCCAACAGUUUCUGGAAGUACGUACACAUGCCUUUGAUCUUCAACGCCACGGGUAUGAUGCCUCCUGCCGUGCCCAUGAAUUUCUCUGUGUGGUGUGCUGCUGGUUUUGUGUCGAUGUACUGGUUACGUAAGUACCGUCAUGACUGGUGGGUCAGAUACAAUUACCUUACAUCUGCUGCCUUUGAUGCGGGUUGUGCUAUUUCUGCCUUGGUCAUCUUUGGUGUUGUUCAAGGUAGUGGUUACACUCCUGACUGGUGGGGUAACGGUGGUCAAGGAGAAAAUGGAACCUUUGACAAUUGUCCUCUUGCACCAACAAACAGCUCUGGUGUCUGUCUUAUUUGUUAAAUCAAACACAUUAUUUUUUUUAAAUAUUCUUUUUUUUUAAUUUAUUUAUUAUUCUUUACUUAAUUCAUCCCUCCUUCCCCCCCUUUUUUUUACUCGUUCAUAUUCUUGGCAAUGUAAAAUAAAAUUUACGUACCUUU